CAGGUCAACACUUGCAACUUGGUCCAAUAUGGUCCCAUGGAUUACUGUAUUACAAUUCACGUUGAGUACAAUAGGGUUGGUACCAAUGUCUUUAGAACCGAGCGAUGGAGUCCAAAAGAGGCACAUCGGUGGCCGUGGACAAGUGGUCAAUGUACGCCCGGACGCGUGCCGGCCACACGACGCCCUUGACGAUUGUCAGUCCGCGGAGGCGGCCAAAGAGGUCGAUGUCGUCGUAGCUGAGGGUGCCAUUGACCGACUGCGGUGUCUUCAGCAGCCCCUCCAAGUCCAACAAGUACCCGUUGAGGGCGUCGAUGUAGGCGGGGGAAUUCGCAAUCGCCACCGCGAACGACCCGAUGCUCUUCUCCUUCUUCGCUUUGUAAUACGCGCGGGACGUGGAUUGGGCAAAUUCGGCAAAGUACCCCGCUUGGAAGCGAGGAUGAUACAGACGACGCAUGACGUCCGCCGAGUCAUGAAUCCACUUCUUGAGAUCUUCGCGAGUCGGGUCGGCUUCCGCCAGGAUGGGAGCGCCGCCGUAAUGGGCAUCCACGUAGCGGACGAUGUCCAUGCUUUCAGGCAUCACAACUCCGUCGGGGGUUUCCAAGAUCGGCACGACCUUGGACCCCACAAGGCCAAUCGGCGUGUCUUCGUCGUGGUUGGCCAAGAACACCAACUCCACGUCGACCUCUUUCAAGGCGAAGAUCAUUCGCACGCGAACACAGAAUGGACAAUGGUCAUAGAUGUACAGGCGAGGCUUGGUCAACACCUUCUGCGCCACCUUCUUCGCGACAAGUCUAGACGCUGCCACGUAUCCCAAGCCGAUACCAGCCCCCAAGCCGCCCAGUAGAGUGAGCACCACAGACGAUCGCGUCAUGUUGAUGAAAAAUGUUUCCGGAGGCAAGCGAGUGACAUCCGGAUGAUAUUUAUCCGGAUAAAGUCGACGCAAACGAAAGGAACUAUGGUGGCCGUGGAAGCUGCUCCGCCAACUGCCAAUGGAGCUGCUGCCGGUGUCGCGCCUGCGGCGGAAGAGCAGGGGGGCAUGGGAUGGUUCAGUCUUCUCCGCAUGGUUGUGCUGUGGUACGGGAUCAACAAGGUCACGUCGUACCUGUGGACUGGCAGCUUCAACGGUGCGCAGCCUGCUGACCAGCCAAACCAAUCGCCGCAGCGCCAACAGCCCGUGGCGAUCCACCCCGGUUCCUCGCCUCAGCUUGAUCUUGGCGAUGACGAUGUGCCCGAGUCGCCCGUGGUGUCGCAGCUAGGAUCUGGCUUGGAAUCGUUCGACCCGAAUUUCAACCCGUUUCGCAAAUUUGCCGCCAUCUCGCCAUCGGGCAAGCGGUUGCCAGCGCACACGAACCUGUUUCCUCUGGGCGUGUCGUUGGACCUGCUCGUGUACGUGACCGAGUCGGUGGAGUUUGAUUUCGACGAUGCAUCCACGGCCGCGGCAGUGUGGUCCGAGCCCGGCUUGACGUACGACUAUGUCGAUGCCGACCCGGAGCGCAAGACGCAACUGAACGUGACUGUGAGCGACCGCGUGUUGAACCACAACGCCACGUUGUACGCCCACGCGUUCUUCACCCGAUCGAGUCAUUCGCCAAACCCCCGGCAUGCCAAUUUCGACUCGACUGCGACAGUGUACCGCCAAGUCGAACUCAUCACGUACCGUCCUCGAGCCAAGAAGACCAAGCGGCGCAACUUGCUGCACGCCGCCGCGGCGGAAGUUGACGACUCGGACGACCAACAAGCCGACGACCUCGUCACAACUUACGUGGCGCACUGGAAGCCGUCGUUGAUUGUAAACCUGGUGUGCGACCACACAUCGUACGCGCGGGGGACGGCGCCGCUGCCGUUCAUUGCACCGCACAUGCAAGUGGAUCCCAUCUCGGGACAGUACCUGCCGAUCCUGUAUCUCAACGACUUUUGGGUGCUCGAAGACCACUUGAUCCGUGUGAACCAGUCGACGACGACGUUGUCGUUGGAGGUUACGUACUACCCCAUGUCGCUCAUCAAGUUUGGGCUGUACCAGCAGAUGACGCAGAACUUUCGCAACCAGCAGACCAUGGGCACGGGCACCAAGAAGGACGCGGACGCGAUCAAGAAGCUGUUCAUCGAGACGAAUCCGUACCUGUUGGCGGUGACCGUGGUCGUGUCGAUUCUGCACACAGUGUUUGACAUGCUCGCGUUCAAGAAUGACGUGAGUUUUUGGCGCAAACAAAAGAGCAUGGAAGGGCUGAGCGUGCGCACGGUGGUCCUGAAUGCGUUUUUCCACUUGGUUAUCUUCUUGUACCUGCUGGACAACGACACGUCGUGGAUGAUCCUCUUCAGCUCGGGGCUGGGCGUGGUAUUGGAUGUAUGGAAGAUCCACAAGGCGGUCAAAGUGACGCGAGAUGCCAGCUCUGGAAAGUGGAGCGUCCAGGGGGAGGCGACCUAUGACUCGUCGACGGCCGAGCACGACCGCGUGGCAGUUGCCCACGUGUCGUACGUCAUGUACCCGCUGCUGGUCGGGUACGCCGCGUACCAGCUCGGGUUUAGCGAGCACAAGAGCUGGUACAGCUGGGUGCUGUCGUCACUCACGAGCUUUGUGUACGCGUUUGGGUUUAUCAUGAUGACACCCCAGCUGUACAUCAACUACAAGCUCCAAAGCGUCGCGCACUUGCCGUGGCGCGCGAUGGUGUACAAGUCCCUCAACACGUUCAUCGAUGACCUGUUUGCAUUUGUCAUUACCAUGCCCAUGAUGCAUCGCCUCGCGUGUUUCAGAGAUGAUGUCAUCUUCUUUGUGUACUUGUACCAAAGGUGGAUCUACCGCGUGGACAAGACCCGUGUGAACGAGUUCGGGCAAGGAGGCGGAGAUGAUGGUGACCAAGCCCCGGAACUGUUACCUGCUGCCGCCAUUGCCAAUGCCAACGCACACGAGGAAAGUGAAACUGUCGCUGCUGUAGCCACUCCAUCACCGACACCCGAACCUCCAUCUGGACCUCGUCGGCGCUCGAAAUUGGACAAGUCGACGUAGCGAUGAUGGAAACAGUACGUUCUUGCCUCAUGUGUUCAGACAUAAAAUACAAUAAUAGCAAAAUCACUCUUAUAUCGA